CUAAAUGCUUGUUUCUCUAUUUCUUCCCUUCCAGAACUCCAGUACUGGGGCUCAGACCUGCAACUUCCUAAAAUACCUUUUGAAGAAAUCAUGUACAAUGAUGAAAGUGCAUACAAGUGGCUGUGCACCCUAAAGAAAGUAGGAAUCGUGCUCCUUACGGGAGCUGCUACUAGGCAGGGAGAGCUGGUUAAACUUGGCCACAGGAUUGGGUUCCUGCGCCUCACUUUUUAUGGGCCAACUUGGCAAGUGCAAGACAAAGCAGAUGCUAACAAUGUGGCUUAUACGACAGGGAAACUAUGCUUCCACACGGAUUACCCUGUUCUACAGCAUCCACCUGGGGUUCAGUUUCUCCACUGUAUAAAGCAAACAGCCACAGGAGGUGAAAGUGAAGCUGUGGAUGGAUUUCACGUAUCCAACAAGCUGAAGAAACAGAAUCCUCAGGCGUAUCAGAUCCUCUCCUCCACUGCUGUAGACUAUACAGAUGUUGGGGUGGACUACUGUGAUUUUGCUGUGCAGUGUAAACAAAGGAUCAUAGAUGUGGAUUCCAGAGGCCAGGCAGUUCGCAUCAAUUAUAAUAAUGCAACAAGAGACACAGUGUUUGACAUACCAGCUGAAAAAGUGAGGCCGUUUUAUGCAGCGCUAAAGGAAUUUGAUGAUUUGUUAAACAGCGCAGAACACAAGUUUACUUACAAGCUGAAACCAGGAGACAUCGUGACGUUUGAUAACUGGCGCGUGCUUCACGGCCGCCAGAGCUACGAGUCGGGAUCCGAAGUCACUCGUCACCUGGAAGGUGCCUACGCAGACUGGGAUGUGGUCAUGUCACGGCUCCGGCUCCUCAGGAAGAGGGUCCUGAACAGGGAGUGAGCUUUCUUCUAACUAGAACGAGCAAAACCUGGAUUGUCUAACCUCAAAAAGA